CUGCUGCCGGUCACUGAGACCUCUGAUGCCCUGAGAUGCCCACACCCAACACCUCUGCCCUGCUCCCCAGUUCCUGGGUCAAUACCUCUUCUGCAGGCAGUGUGCUGAGUGUGGAUGCUGCUGCUGCGAUGCCUGUCGAAUUCCUAGCCCUGAGGGCUGUGGUUGCCCUGGCCUAUGGGCUCGUAGGGGCCAUUGGAUUACUGGGAAAUUUGGCUGUGCUGUGGGUGCUGGGCAACUGUGCUCAGCGAGCCCCUUGCCCACCGUCGGACACUUUCGUCUUCAACCUGGCUCUGGCAGACCUGGGGCUGGCACUUACUCUCCCCUUCUGGGCAGCUGAGUCGGCACUGGACCUCCACUGGCCCUUUGGAGGCGCCCUCUGCAAGAUGGUCCUGACAGCCACCGUCUUCAACAUCUACGCCGGCAUCUUCCUCAUCACAGCGCUGAGUGUCGCCCGGUACUGGGUGGUGGCCAUGGCAGCAGGACCAGGCACGCACCUCUCGCUCUUCUGGGCCCGCAUGGCCACCCUGGCAGUGUGGGUGGCAGCUGCCCUGUUGACAGUGCCCACGGCAGUCUUUGGGGCCGAGGGGGAGGUGUGGGGCGUGCGUCUGUGCCUGCUGCGCUUCCCCAGCAGGUACUGGCUGGGGGCCUACCAGCUGCAGAGGGUGGUGCUGGCCUUCAUGGUGCCCCUGGGCAUCAUCACCACCAGCUACCUGCUGUUGCUGGCCUUCCUGCGACGGCGGCGACGGCGACGGCAGGAUAGCAGGAUCGUGGCCCGCUCCGUCCGCAUCCUCGUGGCCUCCUUCUUCCUUUGCUGGUUCCCCAACCACAUGGUCACUCUCUGGGGUGUCCUGGUGAAGUUUGACCUGGUGCCCUGGAACAGCACUUUCUACACCAUCCACACCUACGUAUUCCCUGUCACCACCUGCCUGGCGCACAGCAACAGCUGCCUCAACCCGGUGCUGUACUGUCUCCUACGGCGGGAGCCCCGGCAGGCCCUGGCAGACACCUUCAGGGAUCUUCGAGCACGACUGUGGCCCCAGAGCCCCGGCUGGGUGAAGCAGGUGGCCCUAAAGGAGGUAGGCAGAGUACAGAGCACCACCCCCCAGGAGAGUGGCCCUUCCACCAUGCUCGCCACCUUGGACACAGGAACACCUGGGUGAAGGUGCAAGCUAAACACCCUCUUUCUGGGGCCAGCCAGGCACAGGAUCCAUGCAUCCUAGGGAGAGGCUGGCCUGUCUGCCAGGCUGUGAUGCCCUCAUCGGACGUCUGAGCUGCGGUCUCACUCUGGGUGUGGCAGAAUGGGGGAGGCCUGGGCCCAGGUCAGGGCUGGGUAUGACAAAGCUUGUGUCUCCAUUUGGAGGUGGAAAAGAAGAGGAUCUUAAAAUAAAUCUCUGGA